AGACGAUGUCUUGACGCGGCAAUUUACAAAUUGAAUGUAAAAGAUAUGAAAUAUAAGAAUGUUGACCGCCGUUUUACGUAUAACCUUCCUAAUACAACUAUUGGAUAUUAGUUUAACCGACUCUACCAAUAAGAGAACGUCUGUAAGUAUGUUUUGGUUCUUCUUGGAUUCCGCCGACGGUCUUUGGAUGUGUUAUUUUUUUUCUUUUUGCUAUUUUCCCUUUUUUUCCCCUUUCAUCAUUCUCUUUAAUCCAAAAUCAUUCUUUAUUGCGAUAGUAACAAGCUGUUACAAGUCGGCUCAGCCGAUUUUUUUUGUUUGCUAAAAUAAACAGAGUAAAUAACCGAUAGCGGGUAAACGCGUGACAACAGUCGGAGAGUGCGAAACAAAUAUCGUUUAGUAGAAGCGAAUUUGCAGUUUCUUCUGCAGCUGUUGCUGUUCGUCUUACCGAGAACCAGGCACGCUCAGGGGAUAAAACGGGUGUAAAAGGUAGACGAAGGGGGGCGAGAUGAGUAAGGGGGAGGGGGUAAAGAGAAAGAGAGAGAGAGAAAGAGAAAAGAACGAAAGAAAAGAGUUAGUUUGAUAAAUCAAAGGAGGUGAAAAAUGUUACGGAACUGGGAAAAUUGUUGAUUUUUCAUUCUUUACAAUAAUACAUAUAAAUAUAAGAUUAAAUGAUAUCUUAAGAAGAUAUGCCUUACAUUUUCUCUGAUAAAAAUAAGUAGUUUUGUUUUUUAAUAAAAAAAAAAUAAAAAAUAAAAAAAAGUUUGGCGGAUGUACGUCGUGGCAUUAAGAAUGACGCCCUAUUUGGAUUGUCAAGUUAAAAGCCACGGAGGUGGAGCAUCAAUUAUAAGCCUGCAUUUAUGGGGAGCACCAUCGAAAUUAACCCAAUUUAUUGUUGAAAUGAGAAACGAAAACGAUGGUAAUGACGUAAGAGUAAGGGAAAGGGUCUCAAUUUCGAAUAAUUCAACAAUUCAGUAUGAAAUUACUCAAGAACAUUUUGAAACAAAUAAAAGUUAUAUUCUUACUCUUGAUACAUAUUCAAGGGUUGAUAUGAGUAAACGUUUCACCUGCAAAAUCUCAAUUCCUACUAGAACAGAUACUAGCCAAGGAAAAUUAGUUUGGGUUAAUAAAGACGGUUCAGUUAUUUUGAAGUCAGCGACGACUUUAGAAAUUCAAAAGAAACUCAAGUCUUUUAAUCACCUAACUGGUAAGCACUAG